UUUGUUUUAGUUCUUCCCGAUUAGGUUAAGUAAUAAACAAGGGCAAAUGAAUAUACAAGCGUUAAGAACUGCGGCGUUUAAGGCUGCUGGAAUGAGUUUGUCCCAGUCCUUGGGACGCCGGCGUCUGAUAUCAACGGUAUCGCCAAGACUCAGCAAAGCGUAUGACUAUGAUGGAAAAACAAAAGUCUCAAUAUUUAACACGGAAACAGACAUGGGCCUUAUGAUCACAGGCUAUAGUCAGUACGGAUUCCGGCUAAACAAUAAUAUGGUCUUAAUAGGACCUAUUACAGUAUUUCCCAGGUCAGUACUGUCAUGGAACAUAAACUCAUUUGACGAUAUAAACGAGGAAAGUCUUUCACUUUUUCCGACACUGGAGCCAAAGAUAGAUGUACUUAUAAUUGGAAUUGGAGACCAGAAUCCAACACCAAACCUAACAAAACGCAUCAUUAAAUUCAUGAAAAAGUACAAAACAAACGUCGAGGUUCUUCGGACAGAACAGGCGUGUGCCACGUUCAAUUUCCUUAACGCAGAGGGCAGAAUGGUGGCAUGUGCUCUCAUACCUCCGCUGCACAUUUCCUACAAUGAAAACGAUGUUCUACAAACCAAGCUUAAACAGAAACAGCUUUAUGAAACAGAUUAAUUAACUUAAUUAAAUCAAAUCAACAACUAGGGUCAACUAAGAAGUUAUGUACAUUCAAUGUGAAUAGUUAGAAGCAGAUGUUAAAUUACAUUACAAGUUGAAAAUGUAUGUUA